CUCUUCCAUCAAAAGUCCAUUUACGUCAGGCCUGACAAGGUCAUUUUGAGUGAGGAAAACCAAUCUCCAUCUUCUGAGGAAGACAGCCAUGCAGAGAGCCUUGAUUUUGCUCAAAUUUCAGACAGUGACAAAUGUGUCAUUGGUAGUGUAGGUGACAUUUCCAAAGAAGUUGUCUCAGCUAUCUCCACUGUUGAGGCCCAGUCCCUCUUCAGAAAUAACCCUUCCAUCUCCAGUGGUGAUCAAGUUAUCUGGUGUGUUGCUACCGAAGAUAUUUGUACCGAUGCACCUUCCGUCUCAGCUGACACCGCCACCAUGUCCACUAGUCCUCCUGUCAUCGCUAUUGAUGAUACCCUCAUCCUGUCCAGUGGAACCUCUGCAGUCUCCAGUGGCAACACCUCUGGUGUGUCCCAUGGUCCCCAACCAUCUGGCAACAUUUCAUCCAGCACAUCCUACAGUACAUACCUGGACCUAUUUGAGGAAGAAUACCUCUCUGAUGACCAUGAUCUCCAGGAAGCCAUUUCAAGGUCUUUAGAUUCCAGUUCAAGUGAGAGUGAUUUAAAGGUGACGUUGGAGAGAAUAAUGGAGCGGAUUGCUUCUCGAGUAAAUAAUGACAGCACUGUACGCUUCAAUAUUGUAAGAAGAAAUGUGUGGGAUGGAGCAUCCAGAGCCAUGGGCAGAUCCAAUUUUUCACCCGAGAAGAAGGUAGACGUUAAGUUCACUGAUGACUAUGGGAUAUCUGAGGGUGCUGUGGACAAUGGAGGUCCUACUCGUGAGUUUUUCCGACUCUGUCUACACGAAAUCAAGGACAAGAUUGGCAUCUUCGAGGGUCCACCUAAUGCUAAAGUCCUUACAUGCAACUCCAAAGCAAUGAAAGACAAUGGAUACUUUAAUGCUGGUCAGAUCAUGGCAAUGUCAAUCGCCCAUGGGGGGCAGAGUCCAUGUUUCCUUUCUGAACUCUUGUACGAGUGUCUUAUAAAGGGUCCAGACAAUGUGAAGAUCAAAACUGAACAUAUUACUGAUGAAGAAACAAGGUCACAGGUGCAGUCGAUCUUACAGGCUGAGACUGAAUCACAAUUGCAAGAGGCAAUUGCACAGGCAGCCAGCUUAAUCAGUCUUGCUGGUCACAAUGUUCGCAUAACACUGGAAAACAAACAAGAGACUGCUUUGGACUUGGCACACUGGUAUGUCCUCCAGCGGACCCGUGCACCUUUUGAAAGGUUCAGAGAUGGUUUAACAUCUCUAGGUGUCCUAGAUGCUCUCCAGAGAUACCCUCUACAAACAAAAUGCCUUUUUGUGAAGGCUGAAAAGGGUUUAACAGCGACUGAUGUGGAGAAUCUCUUCGAGAUCAUUUACUCCGAAAGAGGGAGUAAUGCAUUUCGAGAAGAGUGCCGAAUCCUGGCUUUCUGGCAAGACUAUCUUCAGGAUGCUGAAAUUGAAAACGAUGUCUCUCUAGAAGAUAUUCUCGUUUUCUUCACUGGAUGUGACAGCAUUCCAGCACUGGGUUUCUCUCCAAAGCCCAGCCUUGAAUUCAUCACCCACUCUCGAUUUCCAGUGGCUAAUACUUGCGAAAAUAUUCUUCGCAUACCAGUUCAUGCAGAAUACACAGAUUUCAGAUCUGACAUGAAUUUUGCCAUACGCAAUUCACCCGGAUUUGGAAGAGCAUGAGAUGUCAAAAGUAUUGGAGGGCUUUGUAAAGCUUGUUAUGUUUUUUUUUUUAUUUUAUUUUUUUUGCUGUAAUAAUAUGAAAAAUAUACAGUAAAACAAAGUUUUUGAAGAUAUUUUUCAAGCCGUGGCUUUGUGUUUCAGAUUUUAUGUGAACUUUUUUGAUAAAAGUGGCUUUUUUAAUUUAAAAACACAAUUUGGUAAUAGUUUAGAAAAGUUCAUGGUAAGAGUUCAAAAAAGAUCAUACAUGGCUAUCUUUGAAAUCCGAUUUGGAGAUGUGUCCAAACAACUGUACAUAGUUAUGGGUCGAAAAAGAAUAAGUUGCUCCAACAACCCAUUAGUUCUUUUGGUACAGGAGGGUUGUUGUAAAUUGUUUUAUAAAUGUUGUCCAGCCCCCUUGCUAUGGCAGAAUAUUGACUCAAGGUUGUGGUAUGGCCUUCUAACA